UUGCAUUCCUGUUCUGUACCCAUCUGUCAUUUUGUGACCAACUAGAAGCUUCAACGAACCCUAAUCUGCGAAUUUCCGGCGAGAAAAGCAUGGGGAAGCAGCCGGUGAAGCUGAAGGCGGUGGUCUACGCGCUAUCGCCGUUCCAGCAGAAGGUGAUGCCGGGCCUCUGGAAGGAUUUCCCCUCCAAGAUCUCCCACAAAGUCUCCGAAAAUUGGAUUAGCGCCACUCUCUUGCUCGGUCCUCUUGUCGGCACCUAUUCAUACGUGCAGUGGUAUCUGGAAAAGGAGAAGAUGGAACACAGAUACUGAAGGGGCUAUUGCCGACUAAUUUCGAGUUUUUACGAGGUAAUAAAGACAAGUUGUAUUUGGCCUGCGGUUACUGGUGCAGGUGAUGGAUCCUUAGUUAUUGGUGUUUGUUGUUCAUUUCAAAUUUAUCAUGCAGUGAUUCAAAUGCUUGGAAAUGCAUUUGCUUUUUGUCCCCUUUGCUACACUUCAAAAUAAAAGUUCUUUUUUCAUUUUA